ACAUGCAGCUUACACCGAGCCAUCAGCCGGGGACCAGCACAUUGUGUCCCACAUCCAGACAGACAGCAGCUGCACUUCCAAGGUGACAUCGGGGGGAUCUCCAGUUAUCCUGAGAGUGCAGUGUUAGCGCACACAGGGAGACUGCUCAAAUCCUAAUCACUCAUCAGCAGGAACAGCCAAACCAGCAUACCAGGAUAUGAAGGCACCAUGGCACCAGCAGCAGAAGAGAAAUAUAUUUACUUGGCCGUAUACACUGUAACGAUUAUCACAGGAUUUCCAGCCAACCUCCUUGCCCUCCAUGCAUUUAUUCGGAAGCUACGGAUCAAGUCUACACCCAAUGUAAUCCUUCUCUUCAACUUGACUAUAUCCGACCUCUCCUUCCUGGCUUUUCUGCCGUUCAAGGUAACAGAGGUCUUGCAAGGCCAGUGGUCAAUGCCCUCAUUCCUCUGUCCGCUCAGUGGACUCUUCUACUUCAGCACCAUCUACUCCAGCACCUUGUUCCUCACCGCUGUCAGCGUAGAGAGGUAUCUCGGUGUGGCCUAUCCCCUGAAAUACAAACUCUACCGCAAGCCCAGCUACGCUAUCGCCGUCAGUGGCUUCCUAUGGGUCUGCUCGUUUGCCCACUGCAGCAUUGUCUAUGUCACGGAGUACCACCAAGCUUCCAAUGCCACUGGGAGGUUAGUCUGCUAUGAUAACUUCACAGAGAAGCAACUGGAGGUUCUCCUGCCGUUUCGUCUAGAGCUGGGACUAGUCUUGUUCUGUUUCCCUUUCCUCAUCACCUGUUUCUGCUAUGGCAGCUUUGUCAGGAUCCUGGUGUCUUCACCACACAUCCACCGGGAGAAGAAGCAGAGAGCCAUCGGGCUGGUCCUCACCACUCUGGGCGUCUUUGCCGUAUGUUUUGCACCAUACAAUGUCUCUCAUUUGGUGGGAUUUGCUCAGAAAGAGAACCUAAAAUGGAGGGAGAAAGCGUUGCUUCUCAGUACCUUCAACGCCAGCCUGGACCCCAUCAUCUUCUACUUCUCCUCCACUGCUGUCCAACAAUCUUGCAAGUGCUGCUUGAUGCGGCUGAACAUUUGCCACUCCAACCCGACUUUGCAUAAGAUCAUGGAAAAGCAGAGCAUAAGACUGGAAAUAUCCGAUAGCCAGAUAUACACCACAAAGUGCUGAUACUGGGUUAUUAUUUAUGUAGUUGGAGGAUACCACUAUUGUGACGUUGUAGUAUUCAAAACAUGUUGACCUGUCGGAGAGUAACUAUGUGCCAUUGUCCUGUUUACAGUGGGUGUAGUCAUGGGAUGUAGUGGUCUAAAGUCUACUUGUGUUGUAAAUGUAACACACAAACCACUCUUAGUUAAUAUACAAUUAUAGCUAAAUAUGACUUCUUUGGAAGACAAUGUACAGUAUGUUUUGCUGCACUCAUCUUAGCAUACCCUGCUGUGUGAGCCUGACUUCAGGACCCGCUGUGCCAGCCCUUAAACAGGAAAUAGGUGCUGCGUUGCUGGAAAGGGGCGUGGCAUCAUGAAGGACUUCCCCCAGGUUCACCCCCUGCGCUGUUUAGAUGCCGUGCUCCCCAAACGUCUUCCCCCACACUGCACACUGCGGCCCAAGGGCAGGACAGUGGGACACUAUGUCCCGCCUAUGUCCCCCCCAAAGUAAAUUAAAAAAAACGUAUUAAACACUUUCACCCCAAACUAAACAAUAUUACCUAACAGGAGGCCAGGGAAUUGCUGUGUUUCCCAAUGGCUCUCACACAGUUCAAGUACUAUGGAUUUGGUAGCGCCUAGAUCUGCUUCGCCAAAAAGACCUUUCCCGUCAUGUGCUGGGGCGACGUCAUCAUCAUCUAUGCGGAAUAGUAACCUAACCUCACAUGGACCAUUUUCCACUGGAAAAUACGUUUAUACCAAAUAUGUUUCAUGAAAGCCUUUUGUUGGAAAGCAGACAUGUUACGCUAUCAAGUACCUGACCAUUUGCUGUUCAGUUCAACUGACGUCUAUUGAGGAUAUUUUUUGCUAUCAAUGAAUGCAAACUUGCAGAAAAAUAAGGUUUCAUGUACGAUAGCAAAAUGAUGGUUAUGUACAUAAACAUUACAGUCACACCUACCCCUCGCAGGACGCAGGUAUUUAGGUAUUAUACAUUUUAUUUUUUACAUCCUUAAUUUAUUUUACAGAUUGUCCAGUCAGAAUGCAAUAUAAACGCAAAUGAUAUGUGUCAUGUGAACAGUGACGUUCAAUAAAUACGUCAUUUCUAAUCCUUGCAAUGUGACUAAUUUACACUUCACGGUGAUUGCCCAUCUGAUCAAGAGACUACUGCAAACUCCCCGUGCAAUGGGGAAGUCUCAGGGAUAUUCCAACGUGAAAACAUCAUAUGUAGGCUCACCCAGAGGCGUCACUUACUGUUAUAACACCCGGUGCGGUCGCAGGUGAA